CUCAGUUCUUUCUACGAUGUCUCUCUGCAUAGAGCGGGGAGUUUCAAUUUCUUCAAGACAGUGGAAUUAUCCAUCUAGAUACUGCCUCGAAGAUGUCUUACCCUUGUGUAUAAAUACAGCUGAGAUCCUGCUCAAGUCUCUUCUUAUCUAAGCCACUUCUCUCAAUCAUCUCAUCCUCUCUCACCAUCACUCCGAAUACAAACAUACCUCGACUUUCACACAAUCUUCUCCGCUAAGGUACGCAAACACAACCAGCAGUCAAAAUGGCUACCAAUCAAUCCACCCAGUCCCCUCAGCCAACCGAGCCGAUUACGCAGCCCACCCCGGCCUCCAAUGCCCAGGCUGCCUAUGUCCACAUCCUCUUCGACGUCAAAGCCUCCCCAAAGAAGCUAAAACCCAUCGUCCUCGAGAGUCUGCAUCACAAGAUCUACCACCGAGAUGUCAAGAUCUACCACUCCUUCGAGGUGAUGAAGAACGCCGGGGCCGUCAGGCGCGGCAACGUCAUCGUUUCCCUGAAUGCAGAGGGAAUGAACGAGGACCAGAUCGUCAUGGCAGCGCGAACAAAGAUCCAGCACCUCAGUAUGGACUGGGACAAGAAUGAGCUGGCCGGUGAGGAGCUCUUCUUGGUUAUCGAGAAUAAGGCCUGGAGUUCUGGGUGGGGCCUCAUGCCAUACAGCGCUUGGAAAGAGCAGGCAAAGCGGCGCUAA